AUGACGACCACCGAGACGAAGACGAGGGAAAACAACUCCUUCGUCCUCCGGGGCAUCAAGGACGUACAAUUCGAAGACCGCCCGGUCCCCAAACUCACCAGUCCCUACGAUGUCCUCCUCCAAGUCAACUACACCGGCAUCUGCGGCUCCGACGUGCACUACUGGCAACAUGGCCGCAUCGGGCAUUUCGUCGUUGAAUCGCCCAUGGUCCUCGGCCACGAAUCCGCAGGCACAGUGGUGGAGGUGGGAUCGCACGUCAAGACAUUGAAGAAAGGCGACCGAGUGGCCAUGGAGCCCGGGAUCCCAUGUCGAAGAUGCGUGCGGUGCAAAGAAGGGAAAUACAAUCUCUGCUUCGACAUGGCGUUUGCCGCGACACCGCCGUACGAUGGCACGCUGGCGAAAUAUUAUGUUUUGCCUGAAGACUUCUGCUACAAGCUGCCGGAGAACAUGACACUGGAAGAAGGCGCGCUCAUGGAACCGCUGGCUGUGGCGGUCCAUAUCACGAAACAGUCGGGAUUGAAGCAGGGUGAUAAUGCCGUCGUGUACGGUGCAGGGCCCGUGGGACUGCUUUGCUGUGGCGUUGCCAAAGCGCUCGGGGCGAAAAAGGUCAUUGCGGUCGACAUCAACAAAGAGCGAUUGGAGUUUGCCAAGUCAUUUGCGGCCACGGCGACAUUUGAGCCGUCCAGGGUUUCGGCGCAGGAGAACGCGCAGCGGUUGAAGGAUGAGAACGAUUUGGGUCCUGGUGCGGACGUUGCGAUUGAUGCCAGUGGCGCGGAACCGAGUGUCCAAUCUGCGAUUCAUGUUCUGAGAAUGGGUGGCAGUUAUGUCCAGGGUGGAAUGGGCAGAGACGAAAUCACGUUCCCCAUCAUGGCCGCGUGUACCAAGGAGUUGACUAUCAAGGGCAGCUUCAGGUAUGGAGCAGGUGAUUACCAAAUGGCCGUGGACCUCGCAAGCAGUGGCAAGGUCGAUGUUAAGAAAUUGAUCACGAGAAAGGUCGUCUUUGAAGAUGCCGAGCGGGCGUUUGAGGAUGUGAAGAAUGGAAAGGCCAUCAAGGUUUUGAUCGAGGGGCCGAAGUGA